GACGCGGUUGUUCGUGACGCACUGCGAGUGGGGUGAGGCGCUCUCACGACCACCCCUCGGCCCAGCCACGGCGAGGAUCAACUCUCUCAGCCAGCGACACACACAACAACAACCACACACACACGCAACAUACAUAAUACACGCAACAUACAUAAUACACAGCGCGACACACACGUGUGUAACGCGCGUGCACAUCUCACACUAUUACUACAGGCGCGAGGCCCAGUGUGCUUUCUCACAGGCACGCCUCAACACGACAUACUAAACACGCGUUAAACAUACACACCAUACACCAAACACGCGUUAAACAUACACACCACACACCAAACACGCGUUAAACACACACCACAUACACUAAACACGCGUUAAUCACAUUAGAAACUCAACACGCGCGCCGCGCCUGCCUCCUCGCUCCCAGGCGGCAAGGCCUUGGCGCGCGAGCCUCGCCUUGCACACAAACCGACUAAAACACUAAACAUUACACUACACACUACAUUACACAUUACACACACUACACACUAAAUACAUUACACUACACUAUACACUACACAUUAUACACACUAAACACAGUACACUACACUAUACACUACACACUUAACACUACACUACACACACUACACUACACACGACACUACACACAAAACACCGAUACAGAUUAAAAACAGGCACCUACCAAAUACAGUAUACACGGAUUCAAUCCCUUGAUUAGCACGGUUGGCUACGUACGGUGCGAAAGAAGUUACAUUUACAUAUUGUACAGAUUACAUUAAAUAUAUUCCACAUUAACCAUUACACUAAACAUAACCACACACGAACCACUCUACACCCAAGUAGGUAGGGAGGGAGGCGGUGCACUCAAGACGCAGACGCGCAGAGGCCGCAGAGUGGCAGCAGCAGCUGCCGGGCCCGGCCCGGGUCGCCAGCCAUGGACGGGGGGGGCCCCGGCAGCAGCGGCAGCGGCGGCGGCGGCGUUCCGGCCUUCCUGAGCAAGCUGUGGACACUGGUGGAGGACCCCGAUACUAACGAGCUCAUCUGCUGGAGCCCGAAUGGACUCAGCUUCCAUGUGUUCGACCAGGGUCACUUUGCCAAAGAGGUGCUGCCCAAGUACUUCAAGCAUAACAACAUGGCCAGCUUUGUGAGACAACUCAAUAUGUAUGGAUUUCGCAAAGUGGUCAACAUUGAGCAGGGAGGGCUAUUGAAGCCGGAAAAGGAUGAGACGGAGUUCCAGCACCCAUACUUCAUCCGAGGCCAAGAGAAUCUGCUGGAGCACAUCAAGCGGAAGGUCUCAGCAGUGAAGCCUGAGGAUAUGCGUGUGCAGCAGGGAGACAUGGGCAGGAUCAUAAGCGACGUCCAGCAGAUUCGCGGGAGGCAGGAGAAUAUGGACAACCGACUCAACACCAUGAAAAUGGAGAAUGAGGCUCUUUGGAGAGAAGUUGCCUCUCUGCGCCAGAAGCAUGCGCAACAGCAGAAGGUGGUGAAUAAGCUGAUCCAAUUCCUCGUUUCCCUGGUGCAGUCAAAUCGAGUCAUCGGGGUCAAGCGGAAGCUGCCUUUGAUGCUCAACGACAGCAGCUCGUCGCACUCGCUGCCCAAGUACGGCCGUCCCCUCUCCAUCGAGCCGCUCGACGACUACACUGUAACAACUUCAUCUGGUAACGGAUUUGGUGACAAGACCCUCGCGUCGAGUGGGCCCAUCAUCUCGGACAUCACGGACAUGUCUCACAGCAGCCCCUCAGCCGGCGGCUCCGACUACGAGGAGUAUACACCGGUCAUCAUUAAGGACGAGCCUCACAGCCCAAAUCCGGUGCUCGGCCCUGACGACUUGCUGCCCUUGGAGCCGCAGGAUGAGGUCGCCGAGAUUCCGCUGGGCUCCGCCGAGGCGGUGUGCAGCGGUCUGCUCUCCCCGUCGUCCCUCAUCGACACCAUCUUGGAAGAAGACGACGGCGGUGGUGACGGCGGCGAUGAUGGCCGCGGUGACGACAAGCCGGUCACCUUGCCCCUUCCAGAGGAAGUGCUCCCGCCGGCCAAUCCAAACGCUGCCACCGAUGAGAAGUGUCUCAGCGUCGCCUGCUUGGACAGUGCCGUGCAAGCCCAGCUGCUUCAUGAUGCCAGUAGGGUCAUGUCCUCUGGUCAAUCCUCUCCCUCCUCCUUUUACACAGGGGGGGAGUUCUCCGACCACCUGGAGACGAUCGACGCGAGCCUGGACAACCUGCAGGCGCUGCUGUCAAGCCAGCAGCUGAGCUACGAGUCGCUCACGCUGCACGACCUCUUCAGUUCUUCCCACCAUGACCUGGGGCUUCCGGAUUUCUAUGGCAACCUCACCUCGGAGCUCCUGAACAGCCCAGAGCAGAGGAUGCUGGAGCCCGACGUGUCUGACUCCAGGAAGCAGGUGGUGCAGUAUGUGAGCUCCCCUCUCAUCCUCCCGGAUCCAGACCUCGGGCCACCGGGCCAAGGUGACCUCAGUCCAUCUGACCUCUUUGAUCUGGCCUCUGAUUGCAAUUACUUCCUGCUCGGCAAAGAGGCAUCCCCCAGCGCACCGGGGUCUCCCACGACCAACGCGUCGACGGCAGCGAUGGGUACGACUGCUGCUGCUGCUACAGCUCCGACCACCUCCCCAAGCCAGGUUCCCGACCCCGCGCUGUCCUAGCCCUGCCUGCCGCUCAGCUGUUUUAAACUACACGCGAACAAUGUGGUGGAGGGCUUUACAAAAAAAAUGCUGUUUUUGUACAUGAAGUAGAUGUCAGUGCUGCUGCACGUUCCUGGCCACGCUGGCAGUCGGGCAGUGUGUGUGCGCGUUAAUAAAACAUGUUUUUUGGAAUGUAAUAGCCGACAUUCAUUGCUGACGUUAAAACCUGCAUUUAUAAGAAAUGCUUCCUCGUGGACACUUGCGAAGUUAAAAAAAAAGCGUUUUAAUGUUCAUUUGAAGACUAAAGAUAAUAUUUUGGUCCACAAAAAGAAAGCGAACAGGAUAUUUUGUCUCUGUUCUGCCAUUCUGCCAUAUUUAGCGAGUGGAAUGGAGCAUGGGAAUUCAUGGGGUCAGCAAUUUCAGCUGCAAUUGCUGAUGGCAGGGUUUCUAAUUGCUCUUUUACAAAUCCUUUGCAGAGGAACGACCGAGUCGCCCUCUUAUCCUCUUGCCAUAGUGACAUGUCGCUAGUCCCAGUUGUGAAAAACAUUGUCCCAGAAGUUUUGAAGAAAUGAACACAGCUGGGAGAGGAGCAAUGCCAUUGCUGUGAUGAGGGCUGCAGGCUUUUGCAGGUGGCUCACUGCUUCACACAGCACCACUCGGAGGAAUGUGCUUGACGUUAUUGAGGUGAGCGAGCAGAGACUUCAGCGCAGCCUCAUGUGUUUUCGUGGGUCAGAGCCCAUCGAGAUGUCGGUUGCAGAUGGACGCUUGUGAUUUCUUGUGUAGUAGCAGGUAAUUUUCAUACAGUACAAUGUCGCAUAUCCGACUCGUGUAUCUGCCCUGACCAAUUAACUGCCCCCCCACACCUAGUUCAGGGAAAAUGUCAUCUGCCUUGCCUGCAGUAUCUGCAACGGCUGGAGAGUUAGGCCCAGUGAUAUCUGUGCUCAUGUAGCCAUGGGUUAACGUGGCUCAAACACAGAGAUCCUUGACAAAGAGAAGCAGGGAUGACUUGGUUGGGAGUUGAGGCCAUUCCAUGUCAGAUACUGUUCAUGGAGUACCUUAGGUCUCAUAUUUAUUUUAAUACUUUGUUUGGAGGUUUCUUGUAUAUUAUAAACUGUGUAGUAACUUUUAAUAAACGUCCAUUGUUUAAAGCAGUUUGUGCUUUACCUUUGUCUAAUAAUCUAGUAUAUUUGGUUUUUGCUCUCCAUCCUUAUAGUCGUAGCUAUCACUAAAUAAAGCACUGCUAAGUUCAGUCUGCAGUAGUUUCACUGUAGGGGGCGAUGUUUCUAUGUGUAAUCCCAAUUAAGUACUUUGCAGCUUGGCAAAUUUUGAACAUGGCGCCGGCGAUGGCCUCGUAUUGAAUGACGUCAAGCGAUCCUUAAACAUCCACCGUGAACCAAGUGUUAUGCAUUUUAUGGUUAAUGCACCCCAAGUAAUGAACAGGGCUGCCGCUUGAUUUGAACUACGAAUCUGUGCAACAAGCGGUAAAUGCACUGCCGCUGGGCCGCGUCACCGCCGUUAACUCGUCUUAUCUAUUCACAUUUCUGCCAAGGCCUCGGUUUCCAGAGAUUCGGAUAUGCGACUUUAUGCUGUGUUUAGGUUUUGGGCUAUAACGCUGCACAGAGGAAAAUGUGUAAUGGGAAAUUUUUAUUUGAGCAGCAAAGCCACAAAUACAGACGUUUAGAUGGAAUUGAUGGCUAAAGUUUGGCACUUGGUGGGUAAACACAUCGGCAUGCGUGUGAGAGCCACACGCUGACCCAGCCCUGUGCUUGCGCUUCACGAUGCUGUGGGCCUGUUGACGAGUGUAGUUGCCGCUUGUUCUUCUACUCCCCUCAACUCGAAUCCUAAACGCCUGGGUCUUCUGCAAAGAAGGCCUACUCAAAAGUAUAAGUAGAAACCCAUUGCCUUUGGUUACUUCUCAUUUAUAUAAUAACUUAGACUUGUUACAUGCACAGUAUUCGCUCGCUCUUAAAAAGACAGAAGGACUUGGAUGCGUGAGGUGAACCACAGACGAGUGGAAAGGCCACGUGGUGAGCCGCCAUCAUCAGUUGCUCAACCUCUUGGGUCUUCGAUAAAAUGUUUUUAACCAGUGGAGUGUUGUACAGUGGGAGAAAACUGGAUCACCUGGAGAAACCCACGUGUGCAAGGGGGUUGGGGGGAAGGCAACAAUGUUCCGUACAGAUGGAAACAGAUGAAGAUGAAUCCGCUUGCUGUACUGCCUUCUGGCAAGCCAGGAAAUGGCAACCUCGACGCCCGUACUUUUAAGUGCAAUUGCUCUCCGCAACACCGGCGUGCGACUGGUUUCACAACUCACAAGUGGACGAGGGUAGAGCUUUUUACUGUAUCGUUGAGCUGCAUUGAUAAUGUUGCAGUGUUAAUCAUUAGGAAAUGGGAUUUUUAAAAAAAUAACUGAAUGUUUUUGUGCUUUGGUUUUUUUCCAAUUCUGUAGUUGCAGUGAUGCAUUUUGUUGACGUGAGUAACAUUUAUAGUUCCCUGUAAUUGCAGCAGGCCCAAUGUACAUAAAUGCCUUCAAGUCAACUGGAUAAAGUGUUUGAGUUAUGCAGUAACCAAGUGUUAAGCGUAAAGUUGCAAUGGAUGACAUUUCUAGUAUAAUUGCUUUUCAUUGAAAGUACACUUGAAAAGUUUAACCAAUAGUAAUAUAGCUGUGCCAAUCCAAAAUAUGUAUACAAAUAAUACUAUACUUUUCUAUAUUAAUUUACUUGAAUUGCGCAUUUUUUAUAUAUAUCUCGAGUGUGACUCCGCUAUAUGGCCACGCACGGGGGCGGCUCGGGUUCUCUGCAUGCGGAGCUCACUCUCCUGCGCAGUAAUUACAUCAUCGUCAAGCGCUCUCGUAUCCUCAGGCCUCACAUGCGACCGCCGCUGGAGAAUUCUAUUUCGGUGAAGCAAAGGCUCAGUGAUUUGACUUGCUUGCCCAGCAAAGCCUCACAUGACUCUUUCAGGAGGGUCCUGCACAGUUUUCGCAGUAUGGGACAAUGUUGCUGCUGUGUGUAGUCUCAAUUCAGUAACUUUUACUUACUUUCCAGCAUUGCCACGGUUACAAUUGCCAUGGUUACGUUGUUUUAACGAUGGCAGGAAACCGGAGAACUUUGAGGAAACCCUCAGUGAGAACAUUCAGAGAACAUUCAAAGUCGUCCACACAGCAAAGCAGCCAAGCUAGAAAUUGAAACUAGGUCCUUUUUGCCAUGAGCCACGAGUGUUACCACUGCACCACCCUCCUCCAUGAAUGCCAAUUGAAAUACAAGGAAGCAAUAUUAGUCAAUGAUGCGAUUGUGACGUUUCCGUGGCUGUAUAUUACAACUUAAACAGUUGGAUAAUGUGUUGUUUUGACUUAUAAAAUGGGUCAUCUUGGAUGCAUGCAGUCAAGACGACAGUUUAGAGUGAAAAUCACACACUACCAGCCAUUGCUGCUUAGCACAGAAUUCUCGUCCAUUGGUAUGCGCCACUUGUGCCCCAUGACGAUUGGUAUUUUACCCCAUGUACAGUACACGUACUGUCAUUUCGUCAGUCCACUGCCAGAAGAGGGCCUUGCCAUGUAUUGCAGGUGAGGGUUAAAUGACCAUACUUGGCUUUGCUGGCCAUAAUAGGCUAGUAAAGGUAGGUGAGCAUAGAAGAGCAUUAUUACAGAUACAUUUAGUAACCUCUACUGCCAAUCUUUGUAGCCCAACAACCUAUAACAAUCUGUUGUGCAUGGUGGUUGCCCAUCCAACAACUAUCCAUGCUCAUAUCUCCUUAGCUUCUGAGAUCCGGCGAGAACGAGCCGGGCACAUUCUCGGCAAUUUGGUCACAAGCUUUUGUAACUCGUAUCAUCUAAGUCUCUAACUGUCCUGUACGUGUAAGCAAAAAUAUUUUGUUUUAAUUUUGCAACGACAUGACUUAGUGUCGGCUAAAACGGAGCUUUAGGGAAUUCAGUCAUUGCUUGCAGCCCUCGUGUGUGAGGUGUGUACAAACAAAUGGUGUAAAACUCGCCUCGCUCUUUAACUGCAAUGCAUGAGACUUGUACAUUGAUGAAAGAUGAGACAAAUGGAAUGAACAGUGGGAAUUUACAACUUCACAGGUUUUCACAGCCAGUGUUUAGCUCAGGGUGCGUGAGGCUCCGAUGGACGAGUAGAAGAAGCAUACCCUUUGGGUCUUUGGGUGAAGUCACGUAGAUAGAAAAAUAAUAGAUCACAACGUUUCGAUCGCAACACAGGCAAUCGUCAAGAAAAAGCGUUUUGUCUCAUUGAAAAGAAAAGAGAAGAAACAGCAGGAUUCAAGAACACCGUGAGAAUUUAACACAAACCUUAUCUUUUCUAGACAGCACAAAACAAGCAUUUUAACAAUGCACACAAGCUCUCAGCCUUAUCCAGACCACCGGCUCAAAAGAAGAGUUGAGAUAAUAUGGCCAUUGUAACAUCUUCAUCAGAUGUCGAUUCAUAAAAUGUAGCAUCACAAACCAAACCUUGUCCCACGGUGUUAUUCCCAACCACUUUCCACCAGCAUCUGAUCCAAACUCCCCACAUCUCCAGAAACACCUCCACAGUACGGUUAUGAAAAGCUCAUGCACGUUGCUAAGUGCAGAACUGUCCUACAAACAGGCGUCUUGAAGGUGACCUGAACCUGCAUCCCCAAACUCCGGUUCUCAGGCUCCAUCUCUGCUCCACGGCAAUUUUUCAUGCAGAAACUUCAACAGAUGCACAUGCAUCUCAACAAGCACCUGCGGUCUUAACAUAUCUUGCAUACAGCCAUCCCAAUUGAGUGUUUUGUCUCUUGAGCAAGCCACUUGCAUUAUUAGUGGUCAUGUGACCUUUAACAGAGAAAUAUGAAAUUUGGUUUGCAUCAACUGAACCUGUCGACAAAGUUGUCACGUUUUAUAUUUUAUAUGUUAAAGAACUGUAGUGAACCACUGGUUGGCAAGUGAGUCGGCAGGCUUGACAGUAGUUCCGCUGCUCUGCAUUCACAAAUUUAAAGUAUCAACUCAAGAGGCCACGCUGUGUCAGUUGCUCUGCAGGUUGAUGGAGGGGUGCGUGUUGUUCAACAGUGUUGGGAUUGUGAGCAGCAAAGGGGACGUUUUUCAGGGGUGCCCUGUUCAGGGAUGCGUUUUAUAAGUUAAAAGGAGGAAUUAGGACUAAAGUACAUUUAGACAAAAAGCUUAAAAUGUGUUUAACAUAACAUUUGCUUGCUGGUUUAGUGACAUUGAAUUUCUUCACAAUGACUUGAUAAAUUGUUGACGUAUAUAUAAAAAGAAAAUAAAUGUCCGCAAAAAAGA